AUGAAGCCCUUCCUGCUAUGGCUUGGUCUGUGUGCCCUUUCACUCGGCUCACCAGCCCCCGACACUCAGGCUCCAGACGCACAGGUGGCAGCUGCCACGGCGAAGAUUCUGACCUUUGAUUGCUCUGAUGGACAGGUCGGCGAUACGUGCCUGAAUAUGUGCUACGGGGCAAAAUGCAAGAAACUCGGCACUACGCUUACCUGGGACAAGCCCAAUAGGUCGACCGAGGGUAAGCGUAGCCGUGGCGCGGGCUGUGGGUCUGGCAACCGAUGCAGCAAAGCACCCUAUGGCAAAGGGUACCAGUGUGACGAGUUUCCGUUCAAGUCUGUCAAGCAGGCAGACAAAGGCAACCAGGUGAACCGAUGCGUCAAGAGCCACUACAACAGCCGCCAAGGGGCUGUCCUGCAGAACUUCUACUAUUCUCGUGGGGAUUUCAAGAACAAAGGGUGCAAGGGGAAGGCGCCGUGCCAGUUCAAAAUUGGCUUCAAAAGGUUUAGUAAGUACAAGUACUGCAAGAAGAAGCCAAACUGCAAGAACGACGGGAACGAAUACACCAAGAAAGGACCAGCGAAGCGUGAGGAAGAGGUUGACACGAGUGGCUACUACCGUCUUGCCAGUGGUGAGAUUAUCUUUAUUCCUGAUGGAGCAAAGGUGGGAGAUUUGGUCUAUCAGGCUACCUUUUCUAAUGCCACGAUCGGCGUUGCGGGCAUUGAUGGCGUGGAAAGUCAGAGUGACGAGGCCGAGGGCGACGAGAGCUACGGUGACGACGCAUUCGAGGUUCACGAAGAUCAAAUUGUUGAAGAGGUUGCGGAUUAUGAGUAG